AUGAUUUCAAUCCCCUUGCUUUUCCUUCAGACAUUAAUCAACGCAAGAUGGAUUGGUUUAGUAAAACUCAACUAUAUUGAUUAUUCUCAUCAGCUACUAGGUCAAUUUAAACAAAAAUUUUUCGAAAAAUGCGGUAUUUCGAUCAAUUUUCAUUUUGGAAUAAGUAAUUUAAGAGAAGGCAUUCAUUCAAGCGAAUACAAUAACUUAUUAUUCGAUAAUAAUCAAAUUGUAACCUUCGAAGGCAAAUUAGAAGUUAAUAACUGCCAAUUUAUUAAUCAUUAUUUCGAAAAAGGUGCUGGAUCAGCAAUAUAUACUGCAGCACCAACAAAUAUUCAACAAUCAGUGUUUUUUAAUUGCAAAUCAGGUAUUGGCAUUGUUUAUUCUCAAAAUUCGAUAGAGAUACACAAAAGUUUCUUCACACAUACACUUACGAGCAAAGAGGCUACAAUUUAUGUUGAUAAUCAUGAAAAUUUCAUUUUUAAAGAUUCUUGCGCAUCAGUAGUUGAAUCAAUAGGCGAAUCUGUUGCUUAUUUUUCAACAUCGAAAGCUUCAUUAAAUAAUAUCAACAUUUCGAACUGUAAUUCGCAAACUUUACCAAUGUUGUACUGUGCAGGAACUACAAACUCCAUAGACAACUUGAUCAUGUACUCUUGCAUAUCUCCAACAAUUACAGGCAUUAUCUUUAACAGACUCCUUCUUUCUGCUUUAAUUUCGGGUUCUACUUUUUGUAAACUCUCUACAAAUCCGCUACGGAACCAAAUUAACUCUUCAGUCAUAUUCCUUGGCAGAGCAACACGAGUUACGUGCCAAUACUCCAAAUUUAUUGAUCUUGAGUUAUUCCAUUGUCCAAUAAUAUUUGUAGAGCAAUCCGCACUACUUGUAUGUGAAAGGUGUGCUUUCCCUGUUGGAAUAGACAUCGGAAAAGGAAAUGUUGAAUUGAAAAAUGAAAAUAGGCAAAAUAUCGAAUUUUCUGGCAUAUCUAUACCUAGUAUGCCAACUCUUAUUUCACAUACUCCUUUGCCAAAAGAGAAACAGAAAAAUAAAUCAAAAGAUUUGAUUUUACUUUUCUUACCAGCAAUGAUAUUAAUUUGGGGAGUCUUAAUUGCCGCCACAGUAUCAUAUGUAGUUCUCAUCUUUUCUCACUGGAAAAGAUCUUCAAGAAGAAAAAUUUAA